AUGGAUUUUAAAGUUUUUCUGGUGUUCUUGAUAGUCGCUUUCUGCGAUUUCAGUAGUGCUAGUUUACCAAGAUCGAUCCGAACGUGCCCCGCUGACAAAAAUUUCGACAAUUGCCUCAAACAAGUCCUUGAAGAGAUCAAACCGAAUCUCGUCACUGGCGACUUUGGGGAUGGCUUCAAGGUCAUUGCUGGUAGUCCGAUCGUUUUUCCCUCCUUGACGAUUCCGGAAGUGGGCAUUACUUUGUCAAAUAUGCAAUUUACCGGAGCCACAAACUUCAAAGUUCUCAAUCUCAAGUCAGAUUUGCAAAAACUCGAGUUCGAUUUGACUUUGUUGACUCCUCAGACUGUGGUUCAGUCAAAAUAUGAAAUUAAACAGAAAUUACCAGCUUUGAAUGUGGAUUUGCAUGGCAAUGGAGAUAUUCAUAUCAUUUUUAAUAAAAUGCAUUCCCGCAUGAGAGUCCGAUUCAUGGUCGUUGGCGACAGAAUUAAACUCAAGAAGGUGCAGUACAAGUUGAAAAUCGAUGAUGCCAGAUUCAAUAUUGAUAGUUUGAAGAAUUUGAGUGAUAAAACGGGACAAUCCAGUAAAUUGUUCACUGAGAUUGCGAAUAAUUUUGUAAAUUCCGAUCCAGCUUUUGUUCUGAGAAAAAUUGAGCCCAAGAUUCAACAAUUGUAUUCGAGUAAAUUGCAAGAAAUUAUCGAAACGUUGUUCAGAGAUGUUAAAGUCUCGGACUUUUUCGCUUCCUAA